AUGGAGCUCAUUCGGUUUGCUGACCCCGCGAUGCCUUUCUCCCACAGGGCCGGGGGAGACGGCCAGCGGGCUGGGCAGUGGCACCCACGGACGAAGCACCGCGGUUGGCACGAGCCCGCGUGCCGGAGGGGCAUGCGGGAAACCAGGCAGCAGACGGGGCAAGGCGCCGAGCUCGGCGCCAGCGGGAAGCUAGAGCAGGGGCGCUGGGCCUGGGACGGGAGGGCGCCGGCCGCGCGAGCCUCGGGCCCCGCGGGCGCGGGGCCGGCGGACUGCAAGACCGGCGCCGGGGACCUGGGGAAGAGCAUCGAGGCUGCAGAGGCCAAGAUCCCCCAGCUUGAGGCCGAUGUCAAGAGCGCCGAGUCGAAGAAGGCUGAGACCCAGGAGGUUCUCGCCCAGUCCAAGAAGGACCGCGCGGACGCUAAGGCGGCCAUGGCCGCUGCCACGGCUCAGCGCGAGAAGGAGGCCGCGGAUUUCUCCAAGUUCAAGGACGACUCCGUGGCAAAUAUCGGCGCCAUCACGAAGGCCGUGGCUGCCCUCGAGAAGGGCGCGGCGGGCGAGUUCAGCCACAGGGGCUUACGCCGCCCUUGGUACCCAGGCUCCUGUCGAGUGCCAAGUUCGACGUGGCCGAGGCGGACCGCGACGAGCUCGCAGCGUUCCUGCAGGGCAAUCCGUUCAGCCAGGGCUACAGCGAGUCGUCGGGGGAGAUCAUUGGCAUCUUGA